ACAUAGCAGCCAUGAUGUCCGUUGUUGGAGGGGUGCUGCUCCUCAGUCUUAUUUUGGGGCCUUCCUCCGCAGGAGUCGAGGGGGAGGAGAGCGUGACCGAUGCCUUGGACGUCUACAGCUUCCACAUCAGGUCUAAGGUGAGUAGCCGCUAUGCUGUGACUGUGAUCACCAGCAGGGUUGCUAAUCGAGCGAGCGCGCCCCGUGAGGUGGACUUCCACGUGGAGCUGCCCAAAAAUGCCUUCAUCAGCAAAUUCAACAUGACCAUAGAUGGGAAAUCAUACAGUGGGGUGGUGAAGAAGAAGGAAGAGGCACAGAAGCAGUACAGCCAAGCCGUGUCACGUGGCCAGAGUGCCGGUCUUGUCAGUGCUGUGGGGAGAACGCUGGAGGAAUUCAAGACUUCGGUGACGGUGGCUGCGCAUAGUAAAGUCACGUUUGAGCUGACCUAUGAGGAGCUACUGAAACGACGUCUAGGGAAGUAUGAACUACUGAUCAAGGCCAGACCAACACAGGUUGUCAAAGACUUCAAGAUCGACGUGCACAUAUUUGAACGCCAGGGGAUCCGCUUCCUGGAAACCCAUGGGGGCUUGGCCUCCAACGAUCUGGCACGCGCUGUUACCACCAACCUGACUGAUAAAGAGGCCCUGGUGCACUUCUCCCCCUCUCCUGAGCAGCAGCAGUGCUCCGACUGUCAGGACAAAGGGCUGAGUGGAGAAUUGCGCAUUGUCUAUGAUGUCAACAGGCCAAAGUCAGAGGGAGAGCUGCAGAAUGUGAAUGGAUAUUUUGUGCAUUACUUUUCCCCCUCUGGUCUCUCACGCAUUCCCAAAAAUGUUGUCUUCAUUAUUGACCGGAGUGGCUCUAUGAGUGGGACAAAGAUACAGCAGACUCAAGAGGCAAUGUUGAAGAUUUUAGAUGAUCUCCACAAAGAGGAUCAUUUUGGCCUGAUCAUGUUUGAUGGUCGUGUGACACCUUGGAAAGAUGACUUAGUUCCCGUGAACUCAGAUUACCUAGCAUUGGCACGCGACUUUGUGAACAACAUCAGAAGCGAAGGAAUGACAGAUAUCAACAAUGCAGUUCUGAAGGGGGUGCAGAUGUUGUCCAGGUUUGGAGAGUCUCACUCUGGAAAAGAAAGUACUUCCAUUCUCAUCUUGCUUACUGAUGGAGAUCCCACCACGGGUGUGACCAAUCUAGAUGAGAUCCAGAAGAAUGUUAGGGAGGCCAUCCGGAAGAGAUACACAUUGUACUGCCUGGGGUUUGGCUUUGACGUCGACUACAAGUUCCUAGAGAGGAUGUCACUAGAGAACGACGGCCUGGCCAGAAGGAUCUACGAUGAUUCGGAUGCAGCUCUGCAGUUGCAGGGUUUCUAUGAUGAAGUGGCUACUCCUCUUCUGCUCGAUGUCCAAAUGCAUUACACUGGUGCCUCCAAUGUCACCUACACCACCUUUGGCCAGUACUAUGAUGGGUCUGAGAUUGUGGUUGCUGGUCAAAUUGAUUACAAUGACCUGGAGAUAUUUAAUGCUGAAGUCAAGGCUAAAAUGAAAGGCAAUGACUCAAUAUUCCAUGAAGUACUUAUUGGGAAUGAAAGAAAUGCCUCCAAGACCCUUGACCACUACAUCUUUGAAACAUACAUCCAGAGACUGUGGGCUUAUCUUACUAUACAGCAGCUACUGGAAAGACAAGUGCUGCUCACAGAGGAACAGCAGACAGCUGUCAGGGAGAAGGUUCUGGCGCUCUCUCUCAAGUAUAGCUUUGUGACCCCACUUACAAGUAUGGUGGUCACCAAGCCUGAGGGUGAAGAGCCACAUGUGGCCCACAAACCCAAGGAAGGAAACACAAAAACACAAACAAAAACACAAACACGAACCAGGAUAUUCGCAAGUCCAAUCGCAAGGUCUUCAUUCUUGCAAGGUGCAUCAUCAUCAUCAUCAUCAGCAUCAUCAUCAUCAUCAUCUGCAGUAAGGAGAAGGCAUAAACAUACUAGACUAGCCACUAAAGGAAGAGCUACAGCUCGAAUAAGAUCCGGGAUAGCCUAUUUAGACAUUGAAGAAAAACCUACAGCUCGAAUAUUACCGGAGAUAGCCUUCUUAAAAGUCCUUCUGCCAGCCCAGGGCCAGAAUACCUCAAUCUGUUUUAAUGUUGAGGCACCCAGAGGUUUGAUUCCCAAAGAGGCUGUCUUUAAACUUCUGCAUGACCCGGCCACAGGUGUGUCCAUCAAUGGUGAAAUGUUAAAAAGGGGGCACUUCCUCAAGAUUGGUGUUCGGUACAAAGAUAAGUGCCAAAUCAAAGCAAACACGACCGGGAUCAUGGUUACAGAUGAAGGCAAAGAGCAAUUGAUCUUUUGGACUGACACUCCCACAAGUCAUCAUUGUGAUGGCAUAUCAAUGACCAUGCAGAACAAAGUUCUUGAUGUUUCUGUGGGAAAUAUUAGUGUUAACAUCCUACUGCACGAGAAAGACAAAAAGAGCUUUCUGUGGGCAGACAUUAGACAGCAAGACCCUAUCCCCAAAGCCAAAGGACUACUGGGCCGGUCUCCGGUGUCAUAUGUCCUAAAGGAGACAUCACCAUUGGUGAAACUGGAAAUCCUGGGUAAAGAAGUACUGGCAACAAGAGACUCAGCUGUGGAUUUCCGCACUCAUGUCAAACCAACAGUGGACUGCUGGCUCGUGCCUUUCUCCUCCCUCGUACCAGAGUCCCUGUUAAAAAUCCUUGGUUUAUAGCUGUAGAAGGUGAUGGAUUUUGGACAGUUGCACAGCUAACUAUCAGUUUUUCAGAAUAUUGUGAGACCAUUAAAUACAAAUUUGUCAAAGGUAACCAUUAUUUUUGUCCUGGGUCUGCAUGCAUUGAGUUCCAGAUGUAAGGUUAUUAAAAUGUUAAAUAUCCAAAUGAAGCUAAUGACAAAAUAAGAUAUAACUGCUUUAUCUGACUGAACAUGUAGCCUAAAUGUCAGGCUGCAUCAUUUCACAACGUCAUUAUAGUUUCAACCAACAGUAUUGUGAUGUUGUAAUAAAUUAAAAUAAUGUGAAUGCA